UCUACGGUCUACGGCAAGUCGCGUCAGCUGUUUGCUGUUUUUUUUUUUACAUAUUUAUAUUUAUUUACUUGAUAAAUUAUUAUUACCUACUAUUAAACAUGAACGGAACAUUCUAUUUGAAAGGAAAACUUUAAAAAAGCAGUGAAAACCAUGUGCAAAGAAAAUAUAACCACUACGAUCUGUGGGAAAUUAACGUUUUAGAAACCUUACCUAAUUAUGAACAGAUUAAUUAAGGAUUUUAAAGUUUCGGAAGUAAUAAUGGCUUAUUAUGAACAAGAUUUUAAGCAAAUGUGUAAUCUUUGUAAAGAGUUAUUUCCGCUUAGUGAUAAAAUUAUUGAGCUUCACGUAGAUGAUAAAAAUCAUAAAGAUAUAAUAUAUAAACAUAGAAUGAUGGUACAAAAUAAUGUAAUUAUUCGUGAAAACCACACCCUUUGCAGACUUUGUAAGGAAAAUGUACUUGAUAUAGAAGCUCACAUACAAAGUAAAAAGCAUAAAGACAUAAUGAGUUUAAUAAAUAAACUAAUCGAGAAAGAUGGAAUGUUUUUAGAAUUACCACAUAACAUACAAAAAAGAACAGAAGUGCAUUGUACAAUAUGUGAUAGCUCUAUGGAAUUUACUUUGGAAUAUGUUAGAGAACACAUAAAUGGACUUAGACAUAGGAGAGCCCGUGCAAUGGCUGUACAACCUUUUAAUGGCAUUUUCUCAGUAGAAGGCAGCGAUGAUGACUUGUGGUGCAAAAUAUGCCAGGUUUACUUUGAAAAUUAUAUUGAAACAAUAUUUGAACAUGUGGAUGACAAUAAAGAACAUAAUAUAAGGUUAACAAAAAUUCUACGUCUGAUCGAAGGACAGAAUAUUAUGAUUGAUGCAUAUCUAACUAAUCCUACAGAGGACAGGGCUACAUGUAACAAAUGUAACACUGGUGUAGCAUGUAAUGUUGAUAAUCUUGAAAGGCAUAUUAAAGGGAAAAGACACAGGAGUUAGAAAAUGUGACUAAACUUUUCCAAAUAUCUAUUUCUGGUAUUUAAUUUUUUGGACUGAAACUUUCUUAUCCACUUAAAAUCAUACUAUGCAUAGAGGUGAUUUUAUACAAGUUACUGGUUAUAUUAUAUGCGACGAAAAUAACUAA